AUGGGAAAUAAUGCUUCAAAGAAAAAAAAAGUUACAAAAGUCGAAAUCGGAGCGGAUGUCAAAAAAGAACCAAUCGGAUUUGUUCAAGGAAAACAAUAUAAACUUGUCAUGUUAGGACAAGGUGGUGUUGGAAAAACAAGUAUAAGUAUUAGAUUUGUUUCAGAUAGAUUUGUAACGGACUAUGAUCCAACGGUAGAGGAUGCAUAUAAAAAAGAUUAUCAGAUCGAUGGCAAAGAGAUUACUCUGGAGAUUCUAGAUACUGCUGGUCAGGAGGAGUAUGCGUCGGGUGUUCAAGAUAAAUCGAUCAGAGUUGGUGAAGGUUUUAUUUGUAUCUACAGUAUCACAUCAAAGGAGAGUUUCCAAAGACUAAAAGAUUUGCGAGAAAAGAUUUUGUGGGCAAAAGAUUCAGAGAAUAUACCAAUGAUCAUCGUUGGCAACAAAUGUGACAUGGAGAAGGACAGGCAGGUUCCAGCGUCAGAGGGUAAAGCAUUGGCCGAUGAGUUUCAUUGUCCGUUUAUAGAAACAAGCGCAAAAACAAAUACAAAUGUUAAAGAUUGUAUGGAUUUAGUAUUAAAAGAAAUAUCAAAAUAUAAUUAUGAAUAA